CUUAGCUCUCUCUUCCACCCACUACACCUGCUUUCCUGUCUUUCUUCCAUCAUGUCAAAGAAGGAUCGUCUGGACAGAACAACGAAGUCUGCACCCAUCUCUGAUUUGGACAGCAAUACUUCCCCAAAGCUGCUUUCAAAUCACAGCCACCACAACACAAUCACACAUCGUCUUGCUAAGAGCAACAUCGACGAUGAUGCUGAAAUUUCAACCCUGGAAUCGAUUCAAAAUUCUAACCAAAACUCUCUUAAAGCCCCUCUUCCAAAUUCAAACCAAAAGCUAAAUGGAAUCUCAAACAAAAACGCUUCGGGUAUCUCCACCCCUCAAUUAUCUGACGAUGAUUCAAUCUCUUUCUUUAAACUUGACGAAAAAGCUGAGCUUGCUAUAGUAAAUGAAAACAAACCUCACUAUUUGCUCACAAACGACCCUAAAAUUGAAAGAUCAAAGGACCAUGACGAUAUCCUAAAGAGAAUCAAAUACUUACUAAACUUGACUGAUUUAUUCAGAGAGUUUAUCGAAUCAAGAUUAUCCAAAGAUAGAGAAUUGAAAAAAAUAUUAACCCAACUAGAUCUGGAAAACGAGGCUAAUAAUAAUAAAGUCAACAAAAACAUCAAAAAUACAAAAAAUAUUAAAUCUAAAAAAUUAAAAAAAAACCAAAAAUCAAAUCUAAGAUCCUCCAGAAGAAGCAAAAGAAUUAACAAUUUGAACAAUUUACCCAACGAUUCAAACUCCACCACCUCUUCAAAUCGACGAAGAAAAACUGAAAAAGAAGAAGAUGCUGAACUAAUUCACGACGAAGAAGACAUCGAAUCUCUGUCCACAUCCUCUCCUCUAAUAACACAAUCUCCCUACUACAUAAAUCAUGGAAAACUAAGAGACUACCAAAUUCAAGGUUUAAACUGGCUAAUCUCUCUAUACGAAAACUCAAUCUCGGGUAUACUAGCUGAUGAAAUGGGCUUAGGAAAAACUCUACAAACCAUAUCCUUUUUGGGCUAUUUAAGAUACUACAAAAGAAUUUCCGGCCCUUUUAUAAUUAUAGUCCCAAAAUCAACUCUCGACAAUUGGAGAAGAGAAUUUUCAAAAUGGACUUCCAACGUAAACGUCUUGGUUUUACAAGGCUUGAAAAAUGACAGGGCUGACUUGAUCCAACAAAAAUUACUAACUUGCGACUUUGAUGUUUGUAUAACCUCUUUUGAAACCGUCAUAAAGGAAAAAUCUCACCUAAAAAAAUUUGCCUGGAAAUAUAUUAUUGUAGACGAAGCUCAUAGAAUUAAAAAUGAGAGCAGCGCCUUAUCCCAAAUCAUCAGACUCUUUUACUCAAAAAAUAGACUAUUAAUAACCGGCACUCCUCUACAAAAUAAUUUACAUGAAUUAUGGGCCUUAUUGAAUUUCUUAUUACCUGACAUAUUCAGUGAUUCAGAAAUUUUCGAUCAAUGGUUUGAAAAAGAUAACAAUAACAAUCAAAAAUUAAUCAACUCCAACUCCAACCCCAAUUCCAACGACAACGACAACGACAACAAUAACAAUGAAUCAAAAACAUCUCUGGAAAAUAAAACAACGAGAAAACUAAGAAGCAGCAAGAGAAAUCAAUUAAAUACCAUCCAUCAUAAAGAAAAUAACAUUGAGUCUUCUGCUACAAACACUAAUGCGGUCACAUCCACUCCUAAUAAAACCACCACUGAUCCAAAUCUGGAUAGACUAGAUGAAGACUUGAUGGUUGAAAAAUUGCAUAAAAUUCUAUCUCCCUUUCUACUACGAAGAGUAAAAGCCGAUGUGGAAAAGUCACUAUUGCCAAAAAAGGAGAUCAACGUUUAUGUUGGAAUGUCCGAAAUGCAAAUUAAAUGGUACAAAAAAUUAUUAGAAAAAGAUAUUGAUGCUGUUAAUGGUGUCAUUGGUAAAAGAGAAGGCAAAACAAGAUUGCUAAAUAUUGUAAUGCAGUUGAGAAAAUGUUGUAACCACCCUUAUCUUUUCGAAGGAGCUGAACCUGGUCCUCCAUAUACAACUGAUGAACAUUUAAUUUUCAAUUCGGGAAAAAUGAUUAUUCUCGAUAAAUUGCUAAAGAGACUUAAAGAACAAGGAUCAAGGGUCCUAAUUUUUAGCCAAAUGAGUAGACUAUUAGAUAUUUUGGAAGAUUAUUGUUAUUUUAGAGAAUUCGAAUACUGCCGUAUCGAUGGCUCAACUCCUCAUGAAGAUCGUAUUUUUGCCAUCGAUGAAUUCAAUAAACCAGAUUCAGAUAAAUUUAUUUUUCUUCUAACAACAAGAGCUGGUGGUUUGGGCAUAAAUUUAACAUCUGCCGAUAUAGUCAUAUUAUAUGAUUCAGACUGGAAUCCACAAGCUGAUUUACAGGCAAUGGAUAGAGCUCAUCGAAUUGGCCAAAAGAAACAAGUCAAGGUUUUUAGAUUUGUUACUGAAAAUGCUAUUGAAGAAAAAGUUAUCGAAAGAGCCGCUCAAAAACUAAGAUUAGAUCAGUUAGUUAUUCAACAAGGGCGUUCAAAUAAAAACAACUCAAAACUUGGUGACACAAAAGAUGAUCUAUUAACCAUGAUCCAACAUGGUGCUCAAAAGGUUUUUGAAUCAAAAGACUCGACCAUAGGCGAUGAUGACAUUGACACUAUUCUUAAAAAGGGUGAACAAAAAACUAAAACGCUUAAUAAAAAGUUUGAAAACUUGGGUCUUGAUGAUUUACAAAAAUUCACAUCGGAUUCUUCAGCCUAUGAAUGGAAUGGAACAAAUUUUGCUAAAAAGGGUAAUGAUAAAGGGUUUUCUGUAUGGAUCAAUCCAAGCAAAAGAGAAAGAAAAGAACAAACAUAUUCAAUUGACAAUUACUAUAAAGAUGUGCUUCAAAGCACCAAAGUUUCCAAUUCAAUUAAAGCUCCAAAGGCUCCAAAAAAUUUUCAUAUCCAAGACCAUCAAUUUUACUCUUCUGAAUUUAAAACCAUAUUGGAAAAGGAAAUGUAUUACUAUAAAAAACAAAUCAAUUACAAAGUACUAUCAGCUGAUAUUCCAGAUAUUGAUCAAAAUGAUAAAUCUGAAGAGCACGAAAGCAAAGAUAAAAGGAAAAAACGAGAACAAUUAAAAAUUAACAAAGCUGAGCCACUCACUAAAGAAGAAGAAGAAUUAAAACAAAAAUAUAUUGACGAGGCCUUUGGUAAUUGGACUAGACGUGAUUUUACAAAUUUUGUUCAUGCAGUUGCAAAAUAUGGAAGAAAUUCUUUUGAUUUAAUAGUGAGAGAAAUGGGUAACAAGACCAAAGAGGAAAUAAUCUCUUAUAGUAAAGCAUUUUGGAAAGGAUAUAAAGAAAUAGAGGGACAUGAAAAGUAUAUAUUACAAAUCGAAGCCGGCGAAAAAAAAUCAAAAAGAUUAAUGAACCAACAAAGAUUGCUUUUGUCAAAGGUUUCUCAAUACAGAGCUCCAAUACAGGAAAUGGUAAUUCAGUAUCCACCUAAUAACUCUAAAAGAAUUUAUUCCGAGCUUGAAGAUAAAUUUUUACUAAUAAUGGUAAAUAAAUUGGGGCUUUUUUGUGAAAACUUGUUUGAAAAAAUUAAAGAGUUAAUCUCUAAAUGUGAGCUAUUCAAAUUUGAUUGGUUCUUUUUAUCUAGAACACCACAAGAAUUAUCUAGAAGAUGCAAUACUCUAUUGUUGGCUUUGACAAGAGAAUAUGAAGGUCCAAAUGCAUUGAGAAGAAAAAGAGAGAAAAAGCCCACUCUAGUAUUGUCUCAACAAACUGAAAGCAGGCAGGUCUCAGAGCAACCUGUAGGAAAUGAAUCUAAUGGCAAUGUAUAUGAUGGCGAGUCUUUGGCUCCACCAAAGAAAAAACAGAAGCAACUAUAAAUUGAUUAUAACAUCACUGAGAUCAUUUCUUUUUUUUACAACUGAAAAUAACAAAAAAUUUGUUAUUGCAAAUAGUUAAUGAUAUAGAAUUCACACGCAAUGUAUAAUUAAAACCUUUUUCAUGGAACUUUUAAAUAAUUUUGAAUAGGAUAUUAUGUUUUUGUUUCAAAUUUAAAAAAAAAAAUUGAAUUACAAUUUGAGAUCAUUUGAAACAAGAGUUCAUUCACUUUGGAAUGGUGUUUAUUUUAUCGUAUUAGAUAAACAAAAACCUAUAUUAUUAUUAUUGAAAGUGUUUUAUACUCAAAUAGUCGAAAUUUUG